AUGGAUUUCAGCUGGAUACUAGCACUGUUACCAUUGCUCUUAUCAGCUCAAAAUCUUACCGACAACUCGCUUGCUUAUCGCCCGAGAUAUCAACAUCCAGCUUAUCGUCUUUUACCUCAAAGAACGAAUAUCCAAAUCCCGAAGAGUUUCAUUAUUGGAAGAACAGUUGGAAAUGUCCCACAAGUCUCAGAUCGUGAACUCCCAUGUUGUCGGGAUGAGUCAGGCGGCUCACUCUGCAGAACCUUGAAAACAAACGAUCCAAGAGGCUUUGGAACAAGAUGUGCCUCUGAACCAGACUUCUCUCUGGUGGUCUGCUGCAAGACUUGCACUGAGAUGGGCACCGAUUACCGAGAAAGAGCUGCCAGCUUCUUCUCUGGGACUCAAAAUACCACGAACUGUUUCGAUCGAAUGAGUCUUGCUUACUGUUCAAGAUUUCAGACAGGAACUGACGCUUGGAAUGCGAGGAGAUGGUCUUGUGACACAGAACAUUAUCGACUUGGUUUCCGGGAAUGCAAAGGAGACCGAGAAAUGCAACAAGGCAUAGACCCGAAGUUGGAGCUUUCGCUCGUCGCCAUCAUCGCCGCUCUCUCAUCGUCAGCAUCGACCCAUCGCCCACUUCAACCCCCACCCCACCCACUUCAACUGAUGCCAAUCUCCGUCGAAAUCUCCCCGAUUGGCUCUACCAUCUUUCCUCUAAAAUCUCUCAGACUUUCCAAUCCUCAACCGGUC